AGAAAAAGUGUCAGCUCGUUUCCCUGGACGAAGCGCCUCGACUCUUGUCUAUCGACAUCGAUCGACGACCAUCUUACGGCUUAGACGGCAUUCGCGUUGUCGUUAAUCUUGUUCUUGGCGGACCCAUGUUGAUAGAAAAUGUUGUCAUGAAGCUUCCCAUUUGCGGGUUCCUGACAAUGUUUGUUCUUUCAUAAACAUUUGCCCAGAAAAGUUGUCAUGGUCAUAGUCUAAGGUGAUGCUUCAAAUGAGCGGGCUUUGGUUGGUCUCUGUACAAUCUUGAAUUGAUGCAGAUAGAUUGACUGUUUAUGGUUAAUGGGCAAAGAUUGUUUGACCCAUUAAGCAGUAAAUGGAGCACGCGGGUCGUUGCUGAUGAUUGGCUAAUGAUUGCCUUCUUGAUGUUCGACGGAAUGCCUGAAUGAAUUACAGGUGAAUUCGGGCCUACAUGGUGGUAGAGCAGCUGCUGUUUGGGAAGAUUUAAAGUCAGUUGUUCCGAGGCUGUUCGGUCCGGAUUUCAUUAUGAAGAGGCUGUCUUCUCUAAAGGGCGCGAACCAAUUUUUGAGGAGGAACAGGAGGUGGCCAUUGUCUCCAUACAAAACCAAGUGGCACCAAACUUUCUCUGAAGAACAAGCCAUGCGAACUCUAAGAGAUGCAGUCAGAACCACCGUAGAGCCAUUGUGUCACCGCAGUAAUAAACAUCUCCCGCAAAAUCCUACCGAACCCAAUCUUGUUAGCACUCUGGUAGACUCAUUUAGUGCUUACAACUGUGAACCAACCCCAAAUGCCUACCACUUUGUCAUCCAGAGUCUAUGUGAAAUCUCACAGUUCCACCUGAUUCCACCAGUCCUCGAUCACAUUCAAAGGGUUGAGAAAUUCGAAACUCCCGAGUACAUUUUCAGCGAUCUUAUCAAGUUCUAUGGCGAUUUUAGCAAAAUUGAAGACGCCGUUGGUUUGUUUCUUGAUAUACCCAAGUUCAGGUGUGUCCCUACUGUCUGCUCACUGAAUGCUCUACUGUCAGUACUUUGUUAUAGCAGAGAUCACUUGAAGAUGGUGCCUCAGAUUUUGCUGAAGAGUCAACAGAUGAAUAUCAGGAUAGAUGAAUCGACUUUUAGAAUAAUGAUUGGUGCACUUUGUCGGUUGAGGAAGGUGAAUUUUGCUAUUGACAUAUUGAAUACACUGAUAAGUGAUGGAUUCACAGUUGAUGGGAGAAUCUGCUCGUUGAUACUUUCGUCAUUCUGUGGACAGAGGAACUUUUCUAGUGUUGAGGUUUUGGGCCUUAUGGAAGAAUUGAGGAAAAUGGGUUUUUCCCCUGGGCUAAUAGACUAUGCGAAUGUGAUAAAGUAUUUGGUGAAGAAUAGAAGAGUUAAUGAUGCUUUGGAUGUCUUGAAUCAGACGAAGGUCGGUGGGAUUAAACCUGAUACUGUUUGCUACACAAUGGUUUUAAGUGGGGUCAUUGCCGAGGAUGAUUAUGAGAAGGCAGAGGAGUUAUUUGAUGAAAUGCUUGUUCUGGGUUUGGUCCCUGAUGUGUAUACCUACAACGUGUAUAUAGAUGGUUUGUGUAAGCAGAAUAAACUUGAAGCAGCCGUCGAAAUGGUAGCUUGCAUGAAAGAACUUGGCUGCAGACCUAAUGAUGCUACUUAUGUCACGAUAGUUGAGAGAUCAUGUCAAAUUGGGGAGCUGAAUAGGGCAAGGCAGCUUGUGAGAGAAAUAGGAGUGAAGAGUUUGGGGCUAAUGUUAAAGUUAUAUAUGCCUCUGCUGGAAGGAUUCAGUGGUAGUGGUAAAAUUACUGAAGCUUGUGAUUUAGUGGAUGAAUUGUUGGUUAAGAGUUCACAAUUUGAAUGUUUUACAGUUGAUGCAGUAGUAUGUAGUUUGUGCAAGAGAAGAUUAUUCUCAAAAGUGCCAGAAUUACUUGAGGCGAUUGUCAGGAAGGGUAUCAUUCCAGGAGCCAUGACUUGGGAAGCACUUAUUAAUGACUGCGGAUCUGAAAUCAAAUCGUUGGAGAGUAGUCUAAUUGAGUUGAUAAAUUCUAUCCAAGUUGAAUGAAGUGCACUUGCUUUUGCUGUAUGGCAACCUUGUUGGAAACCCAGUUCGUAGAAUAUUUAGAAUGCAUGAAGAAGGCAAGCUGUAGAUGAUAUGAUACCCUGUAGAUGAACGCCUACUUGGCGAACAAUGUGGCAGUCCGAAACUCUCUUUCCACCGAUUGAGGAGAAUACGCAUUUGGUUGCAGGCAUCAGUAACGAGUUUUCAUCAAUUCUCAUUAGUGAUGAAAUUUAUAAGAUGAGUGAUCUGACUACUUCUAAACAGUCUCUACACCCUCCAUAAAGCUGCUCCUCAGGUCACAGCGGUGAUAAAUACAAGGUUCAGAAUGUCGGGAAGGAAAAUGCACUCAAGAAUUUCUCUUGGUGCCUGGAGUACUCUGCAAUGUGAUUUGUCUGCAACAUCAAAGUGAUAAUUUAAUCUUCAUAAAGUUGUCUGAGGAUCAAAUAAAGGAUAUCUACUGCAUUUUGCACUUUUACUGUUGAAAGGGCCUUUCUAAUUCAUACUUGAAAGGUAAAGGAAUGAUUGGAAUUCGGUGACAUUGAGCUACCUAUUCCAUUGUGUCGUUUCCUGCAAGGCUGUUGCCUAUGGCAACAGCUGCCUAAAGGAUGCGAAGGCGGCAUGGAUGAGUGAAAGAAAGAUUGAAUCCGAACAUGCGAAGGGAAGAGCGAAGAAUCUAGAGAUCAAUUCCCGGAGCUCUUAGGCAAAAUGUCAACGUCCUUAUACUUCGAAUCUGUUGCCGCAUAUCACUGACAUAUGACUAAGAAUCAUUAGUGAAGGAUCGAUUUAACGCC